UCCUCACUUCUAUAAUUGCGUGAUUUAUUUAUUUACUCCCAACAGAACUUUCCCGGUUUCCGACCCCAAAUAACCGAAUUCCUCACCUUUCUCCGAUCACCAUUAUCUCGCUUUUCACGAACACUCGAUAUCCCCCAAGCAAAGUUCAAAACAUUAAAAUAAUAUCACCAAGAAACCGAAAAGUCUCUUCUAUUUCUUCUUCCUCACUUUCCCGCCGCUCACUCUCAUCACCCUCAAUCUUAUCUCCUCCGAUUCUCCAGAACCUUCUCCCAAUGCCGGAGCUCCGAUUCUGCUAAGCCGGAAUGUUUCCGAGCGGCGCAAUCCGGCGGAGGCUUGCCGCUGCUCUGCGGCCGUGGCUGCGUGAGGAGCCGGAGCUCGAGCUUAGUCUAGGGAUUAUCAACUCGCACGCGGUCGCUAGGAAGCUCCGGUUCGACGCGGCGGCACUGAACCGGCUCGGGGAUGAGUCGGACCGGUUUUCGUGUGUGGAGGUGAGCGUCGAACAGUGUAGCCUUCGGUUCUCGAAUUGGCUCGCUCCUGCGUUUUCCGUUGAGUUUCAUGGCGUCCGAGUUGUGCUCUCGACUCGGGAGGUGAAGAAGGAGCGAAGUGGAACAAGUACAGUUGCAGAUGAUAUGAAGAAAAAGAAGAAGACGAAGCUUUCUGAGAUUGAUCCUCAGGGGAGUGAUGUGCAUGCUUUUCUAGAAAAGCUUAUGGCUACUUUGGAGGCUCCGAAAAGUAACUUCAAAACAUCUCUUUUGAAUGUGUUGCUGACACACUGUCAGCUUCAAGUGCAUGAUGUUAGUGUCCAAGUCCAGGUUCCGAUGUUAAAUGACUCGUUUGUUUGCUCACUGGAUAUAGAAGAUAUUAAUGUGGAUCCUCAGUAUGUUGAUCAUGCGUGUUUUCUUCGAGGUCUUUUUGGUACAGUCUUUGUACCUGUGAAGGAGAUCUCGUAUGCUAUAGUAGGUAGUGGUUGUGAGGUUGGCUUUAAAAGGGACGGUCAGCUCAAGCGCGUCUUGUUGUUGACUGAAUUGUGCACUGGCAUAAAGUUGAAUGAUUUUCAGCCCGCGGGCAUCAAUCUUAGAGUCCCUGAAAUGCAUUUUUCGUUUUCUCCGGAUGAUGUUUCUUUGUAUUUGGCAUUCACUGAAGCAUCAUCGCAAGAGUCACAUUGUGCUAGAGAUGGCAGACAACUGUGGAAGCUAGCUGCGAGUAGAAUUGGCACUAUGACUUUAGCUCCUAGAUGGUCGUUGCAAAAGUCAGCUGCUGUUGUUUGUUUCUGGCUACGCUAUGUCAAUGCUUAUGAGUAUUUGCUGAUGCUAUUUGGAUAUUAUGAUGACCAGUUACUAAAGAGAUCAGCUAUUAGAAUCUAUGAGGACAAGAUGCUUCUGAGUUCUGUUAAAAACCAAUGGAAGGUGAUUUCUGAUAUUGAGAAAGAGCUGCCAGCCGAAGCUAUUGCACAGGCAUGGAGAGUAGCCCGUAAUAGAGCAGCAUCAAAUGUUCAGUGUCCCCAGUAUAGUUCCCAAAAAUCAUUUAUGACUACAAUUUUCAACUUCCUUCUCAUAUUCCUUCCACUACUAACUUGUACCUGGAGAUUUUUGAGCCAGGUGGUCUUUUUUGUUAUGCACCCCUUCGUUUUUAGGAAAAUAUUAGCCAAUGAUCCAAAGAGUGCAGAUCUGGAUAUUGUUUCUGAAGGUCCAUGUACGCAAUUUUGCUUCAGUGUGAUGCUCAGAAGAGUUCAAAUCACUCUUUCUCAUAGAAAUGAAAUUCAACUCUUAGUAAAUGAAAGGUUAAAAUCACAUCUUGGGAUCACUUACUCAGAUGCACUUUCAUUUCGUCUUUCAGUUGAUGCACUAUUAUUAAAAUAUGCAGAGGACAUAUGUGAAGAGUCUUUACUUAUAUCUUGUGGGCAAUUGAAGGUCAGAUCCUCAUCUCUUAUGGAAGCUCCUGUUAAAAAAAGCAAUUCAAAAUUAUCUUUUAGUUCUAUGGAAGCACAUUGGAAGGAGAGCAAUGAUAAUUGGAAGAAUAUUCUUUGGGGUGAGCCGGCAGAAAUAUUUCCACUUUUAGAAACUUAUGAAACCGAUUCUGCUGAUAAUGAGGAAGGUUCUUGUUUCUCAUUUCUGAAAGAUAUGUGGUUGGAUUGGAGAAGUGAGUGCGAUAAGUUUGGAAAAAGUGAAAUUCAGUACUCGUAAACUCCGUUCCUUCUUUGUGAAUAUAAAAACUACUUGAGAUAUCCAGACCUGAAAACAUCGGAUUCUGGUUUCUGGAAGUUCUUUUUUAUCCUGGGAAAGUUGAAUCUUGUGUUAGGAUAUUCAUCAGUAGUAUCAUUGUCUCUGCUAUUUAGGCAGAUACAACUAUGCUGGGCAGACGCGAAUGGUCAGUCGUCCGGUGUUCCGCUUUCUCCAAGAACCAGUGAGAAUAAAUCAGAAAUCAGUCUGGUUAGCAAAUACAAGUUCUAUGCAACAAGUUUAGAAAUAGCAUUGCUUGAGAUGCUUCCAAAGAAACAUGUUCAACUAGGAGCAUUUAUUGCUGGUCCUCAUGUCCUCAUGUCAUUGGGGAAGAAUUUCAUCAGUGGCAACAAAGAGACAAAUCAUGUAUGUAUUCAGGACGAUCUUCAGCUUGCAGUUGAUGUGCACCAAAUUGAAGCUGCUGUUUGGCCAACAUCAAAGUUUGAUUUUGUUUCAUUUGCUGGCCCCUCAGCAUAUGAUGAUGUGGAACUAGAGUGCCUCAGGAUGGACCAGCCUCUGGUGAUUGAUAUCUCUAAAUCUAAUAAUGGGAAGUAUCAAGCUCAGGGUGGGAAGUCUCUUGGUUCCUACAUACGAGUCGAUGGUUUAGAUGUCUGCUUGGUUUCUGCAGCAGGAAAACAACAACGCCAAGUUUUGGUUUCUAAGCCAAUGACUUUACAAUUGUUAUACUCCAGGGAGUAUGUUCAUUCAUUUAGCACAAAUGUAAUUGCUUUCUCUGCAGCUUUGUUUGGGAAAACUGAAGGAUUCACUAUCUUAUCGUAUAUGGAUGAGUUUGAUAUUCUCUUUCAGGUGCUUGCAAAUUUAUCUUCUGCAGUAUCAUAUUCAUUUAGACAUUUGGCAUCAAUCAGUGUGCACAGGCGUGUUUUUGCAAAGCAACAGUGGUUGAAUGCUGAAUCAGAGAAAGAGGAGAUUACAACACGUGAACUUCCAUUGAAUUAUAGCAGUAUCCUAUUUUCAACUAAUGGGACCUUCAAAAUCAAGUCGAUAGAUAUAAUUGUUCACGGUUCUAGGAAGAGUGAUAGUGUGAGGAGCUGCCGAGUAACCUCUGAUGCUUCAAGUAGCAAACAGUUUUCGGAGCAUGACUUGCCUGAUUUUGGAAUUUGGAUUUCAGUUGAUCACACGAGUAUUGAUAUGUCUUGCAAAGAUGGAAAAUUGAUACUUGUUUCUAAUAUCUCAGAGAUCCAGUUGUCAAGUUUUAAAUAUAACAACGGCAGAGGCAAAGGUACUGAUCAGACUGUACUUGGUGAUCUGCUAUUGCAACCUCUUGACCGCAAAUAUCAACUAUCACUUUCUAGUUGUGUACUCAAUUUGUCACUGAUCCUGUCUAAGAACUGCCCAUCUAUUCGCUCUGUUAGCAACACAUUAGGUACAAAUUCUGUGGGUGCAACAGAGCACCCAGAAACUAAUUCGGGGAACUCAGAUCUUCAGACCUAUAGCUUCAUUCAAAAGUCAGAAUUGGCUUCAAAUAUUCAACCACCUGACUCAAACCAUUGGUUACUUGUAAAUCUUGCACUGGGUAAGAUUUAUAUGGGAAGGUGCUCAGGAAAGAAUGUUGUUAAUGAGGCACAUCAGUUAAAUAAGUUGUUGUCAUCAGUUUCUGUUGGUGGUGAAUUUCAGAGAAUUAGUUGCGAAAUUCAGGGUGGUUUUCUUUUCCUUGAAACGACAGCUUUGGCUAUCUUAUUGCUAUGUUAUUCUUCAUAUCUUUAUUGCUUCUCAAAUAUUUUGUCCGGCAUACAAUCAUCUGAUAAGCACAUUGAAGAAGAGACGCGCAUCAAAGAAUCAUCUGAUAAGCAUGUUGAAGAAGGUAAGCGCAUCAAAGAAGCUGAUACUGGUGUAAAUAUGACUAGACCAGAUAGUCACUCUGAUAAGAACUGUAUGCAAGAGAUUCCUUGUACAUCUCCACAGGUCAAUGGGGGCCAGAAGGAAGCUUUUAUCUUAGAUAUUUCUCGCUUUUCUUGUGCUCUUGUGAUUCAGGAGGAGCAUGGUGCUGUACAGGAACUCGUGUUUGAGAUUGAUGCCCAUUUGAAAGUUGAGUUGGAAAACAUGCGAAGAAAAUUUACAUUUAAGCUUUCUCGCGUAUCAAUCCUUUCUCAGGUCCUUGUAGAAAAUCUGGGAAACCAAAUCCAAAGUUCUCAUGUUCCUUUUGCCCCAUCAAAAGUUCCUCCAUCUCAUGUUGCAUCAGGAGUGUCUACAGGUUCUCAGCACAUGGAUGAGAUUCAUCCUGUUAAUAAUGCAAGUAGUUCAAGAGGUCCUUGCUCACAAGAAAAACUCUCUGAACAUAGUUCUCUGCAUGAGGCAUUUCAAUUAAGUCAUCAAAAAUAUAUCCUGACGGGUCAAGAACUAGCCUCUGGUGAGAGCGUAUCAAGACAGGAGGACGGAACUGUCUUCAUAUCAGUUGAGAAGCCUUUAAAUGAAGUUUGGGUUGGAGGUGGAACUAUUUCACGUUUCGAUGUUACAAUAUCUCUAUCUCAAAUACAGAUGCUUUUGUUUAUGAUUUCAUCCUUCUCUGGGGUAUUUGCUGAGGAGAUUCUCAGUGAACCAGAUAGAAGGCACUGGUCGAGUGAUGAGAAAUUCAAAAAUAGUUUAGAGACAAUGGUUCCUAAUGGUGCAAUAGUGGCAAUUCAGGAUGUCCAUCAACAUAUGUAUUUUACAGUUGAAGGUAAAGACAAUAAGUACAGUCUAACGGGUGCAGCUCAUUAUUCUCUUAUGGGAGAAAGUGCUCUUUUCAUGAUCAAGUAUAGCAAUCAAAGGGGGUGGACAUCAUCAGCUUUAUGGUUCUCAUUGAUAUCAUUGCAUGCCAAGAAUGCUUCGGGGGAACCAUUGCGCUUGAGUUACAGUCGAGGAUCUGAUUUUGUUGAUAUCUCUAGUGCAAAUGACAAUGCAGGGGCACUUUGGACAGCGGUUUCAUGUGAGCCUGAAAGUUAUGAGGGUGACAUUGACUGGGAGCCCUACAAUCAAUUGGUGAAAAGGACCUUUUACCUUGUGAACAAGAAGAAUGACUCUGCUGUUGCUAUUGUAGAUGGGAUUCCAGAAUUUGUUAGAAAGCCUGGAAAUCCGAUGAAGUUGAAGGUGUUCCAAAAUAUUCCUAUAGCUCAUGGUAUAAAGAUAAAUAGUUACCCUGGAGACACAUCUGUGGCUAGUCUGCGACAAAACCCACCGAUUGAUGAAGGGAUAACUUCUGGGAGUGGAAAGCUUCCUUGCAUCGGUGUUACAUUUGACACAAUUUCCUUGACCAUUAUCCAUGAACUUGUAGAUACAAAAGAUGUGCCUCUUCUUCGUUUAUGCAUUGGUGGAACUGGACAGUCAAAACUUGAACUAGAAGAUUCAAAAGACAUAUCUAUCCUUGGUGGUCGCAGUGACCGGACCGAACAAUCCAAACUUACUAUCCAAAUUCUCCCUUCUAAAUCUAGGGUCAUAAGCUCCUUAACAGCAGUGGCAUAUUACUUUGAUGCUCAAAAGAACAAAUGGAGAGAACUUAUACACCCAGUUGAAACAUGCCUAUUUUAUCGUUCAAGCGUCCAAAUUCAGAAUUCGGAAGCUGUUUCGCAUGGAGUACCAGUUCAUAUCCAUUGCAGAACUAAAGAGUUAAAUAUGUCCCUAUCAGAGCUUUCAUUGGACAUACUUCUCUUUACCAUUGGGAAACUAAAUUUAGCCGGUCCUUUCUCAGUGAGAAGUACUAAGAUUUGGGCCAAUUGUUGCAAGGUGGAGAACCAGUCAGGAUUAAAUAUUCUUUGUCAGUAUGAUAAGGAAAGUGUGAAAGUUUCCAGAAGGCAGUCUACGUCCAUUAUUUUAAGGUGCUCGGAUCCAGAAAAGCAACUUCCAGAGAUGGCGUCAGUUGUCUCAGUCCGACUUUCUGGUCCUGAAUCUUCUUUGAUGACAUCUCCAAUUGAAGUCUCUCGUCUAGAAGCUCAAGCAUUUGCUUGGAGAACACAAAUACUGUCACUUAAAGAUUCACAAACUUAUCCUGGACCAUCUGUUAUAGUUGAUGUUUCAAGAAAAUCUGAGGAUGGUUUGUCAAUUCUUAUAUCUCCUCUCAUAAGAAUACACAAUGAAACUGGGUUGUCAAUAAAGCUACGAUUUCGACGAUCCCAGCAGAAGGAAGGUGUGUUUGCUUCAGUGGUGCUGAAUGCUGGUGAUACAUAUGAUGAAUCCAUGGCCAUGUUUGAUGCUAUUAAUUUGCCUGGUGAAGAAAAGAAGGCCCUGAGGUCCUUAAGUCUUGGCAAUUUCUUAUUCUCUUUUAGACCUGAAAUUCCAGAUGGCUUAAUGAAUUCUAAGAAAACAAUUUCAGCAGAAUGGUCAGAUGAUCUUAAAGGUGGAAAGGCAGUUUGUCUCUCUGGAAUUUUUGAUCAAUUAAGCUACAAAGUGCGGAAGGCUUUGUUUACUGAAUCUGCGAAAUCUUCCUUCAGCACUACCCACUGUACUCUUAUAUCGGAAGGUGCAAAUACUGACGACAUGCAUUUUCUGAUUCAGACAACAAGGAGAAAUGUUCCUAUUGUACAACCUCAUAGGUCUGUUAAUCUCCAUGAAAAUAGCAAAUCACCAGUUGCGUUACAGGAGCAGAAGGAAAUUUAUCUCCUUCCUACAGUGUGUGUUUCCAAUUUACUGCAUACGGAUAUACAUGUCUUUUUAAGUGAAUCAGAUGGUCUUCCUACUACUGUGUCUGACAAUGAUAAGAAUCAAUCAACCAUAUCAUGUGGUUCCAUGGUUGAAUUUUAUGCCAACCCUUCCAUUAUUUUCUUCACUAUUACUCUGACUGGUUAUGAAUCAAGCUGCAAACCAGUGAACAGUAGUGAUUGGGUCAAAAAGUUACUGAAGCGGAAAAGUGAUGUGCCAUAUGUGGAUAUUGAUCUGGAUUUUGGUGGAAAGUAUUCUGCUUCUCUAAGAUUGUCUCGAGGGAGCAGAGGCACAUUAGAGGCUGCUAUUUUCACAUCAUACUCCCUGAAAAAUGAUACAAAAUUUGGCCUUUGUUUCUUUGUGCCUAAUAAGAGGCCCCUUUCUAGGGAUGAAGCAGAGAACUUUGGGUCCAGCAUUCCUUCAGAAUUUGGAUUAUAUUUGCCUCCAAAGUCAACCAGAUCAUGGUUCUUAAAAUCCAGCAAAAUGCGUCUCAAGUUGCUGAAAGAUAAUGCAUCUGAGACGCAUAUCGACUUGGAUGCUUUAUCAGGACUUGCGGAGAUAAGCUUGGAAACAGAGGAAAGAUCUGGAAUCAGAUCUAUUACAAAGCUAGGGGUUUCAACAGGACCACCGUUGGGUAAAGUGGUUGUACCAUCACAAACAGUAACUAUGGUCCCAAGACAUGUUGUGAUUAACGAAUCAGGAGAAAACAUCAUUGUUCGUCAAUGUUAUUUGCAGGAUGACACUGUUGGUAUGAUCCCUGUAAACAGUAAACAGAGGGUGCCUAUGCAGCUGUGGACUGGGAUAAACAAAAAGAGAGAUGUCAGUUUGUUUGAGCGUGUUAUGAAAAAGCACAGAAAAGCUAAUGAUGAUUCACCAAUAUAUCUCCAGUUUCGAUUGAAUGAAUCUAAAUUAGGUUGGUCGGGGCCAGUAUGCAUUGCUUCUCUAGGAAGAUUUUUCCUCAAGUUCAAAAGGCAGAAAUUGGACCAAGUGACAGCACUAGAAAGCAAUGUUACAGAAUUCGCGUCUGUUCAUCUUGUUGAAGAAGGCUCUACUCUGGGUUUACACUUCCAUAAACCUCCAAAUGUCAGUCUCCCAUACCGAAUUGAGAAUUGCUUGCCAGAUGUGUCAAUAACUUACUACCAGAAGGAUUCUUCAGAGCCAGAGAUUAUUGGAUCGGAAAGUUGCACUGAUUAUGUUUGGGAUGAUUUGACUCUUCCACAUAAGUUGAUCGUCAGGAUCAAUGAUAGUCUUGUAUUACGUGAAAUUAACUCGGAUAAGGUGAGAGCAUGGAAGCCUUUUUACAAAACCAGACAAUGGAGCGGAUUGACCACUCAUUUAUCAUUGGGAAAAGACUCAGGGGGCAAGAAGGGUGACUCUUGUGAGUUUAAUGGCAUGGACAUGAUGAGGGUGGGGUUUGAAGUAUAUGCAGACGGUUCUACCCGGGUUUUAAGAUUUUGUGAAAUUUCUGCCAGCCAUAAGGGGGAUAAAUUGUUUCGGUCAUGUGAGAAGAUUCAACUAAGAGUUAAUCAGUUCACAAUUCAUCUACUUGAACAUGAAAAGCAGGAUGGAGAAGAUAUGGAGCUGCCAGAUUAUGCACCAUUCUUAGCUGCAAGAAUUGGGAAUAUUAACUUUGAAUCUGUCUUUGCAUAUGAGCAAAAGUUUAACCAGAUCAGUGUACAGUCCUUGAAUUUGGAGCACAAGUGGGUGGGUGCUCCUUUUGCAGCAAUGCUUCGUAGACAUCAAUCAGACUUCAAUGAUUUAAAUGAUAAUGUACUCAAGAUUGCCAUCGUCUUGCUGUCAACCAGUUCCAAUGUUGUACAAGUUAAGUACUCGUCUAUCGCUCUGCAGCCAAUGGAUUUAAAUUUUGAUGAGGAGACAUUAAUGAAAAUUGCCCCAUUUUGGAGGACAUCUCUUAGUGAGGCGAAGAGUAGCCAGUAUUAUUUUGAUCAUUUUGAGAUCCAUCCGAUUAAGAUUAUUGCAAACUUUCUUCCUGGCGAGUCAUAUUCAAGUUAUAGCUCAGCCGAGGAGGCUCUAAGGUCCUUGCUGCACAGUGUAGUUAAGGUCCCUGCGAUAAAAAAUAAGGUUGUAGAGCUCAAUGGUGUUAUGGUCACUCAUGCUCUUAUAACAAUGCGUGAAUUACUUAUCAAAUGCGCACAACAUUAUUCAUGGUAUGCUAUGAGGGCUAUAUAUAUUGCAAAGGGAAGCCCAUUGCUUCCACCAGAUUUUGUGUCGAUUUUUGAUGACUUGGCUUCAUCGUCUCUUGAUGUGUUCUUUGAUCCUUCUCGUGCAUUAAUGACCCUUCCAGGUUUGACUUUAGGUACCUUCAAAUUAAUUAGUAAAUGUAUCGAGGGUAAAGGAUUUUUGGGGACGAAACGGUACUUUGGUGACCUAGGAAAAUCUUUGAGGACGGCAGGGUCGAAUGUACUGUUUGCUGCAGUCACUGAAAUAUCAGACUCUGUUUUAAAAGGAGCAGAAGCAAGUGGUUUUGAUGGAGUGGUUACCGGCUUUCACCAUGGAGUACUGAAAUUGGCUAUGGAGCCAUCAUUAUUGGGAACUGCUUUGAUGGAAGGUGGCCCAGAUAGAAAGAUUAAGCUUGACCGCAGUCCUGCUGUUGAUGAGUUAUAUAUCGAAGGAUACUUGCAGGCAAUGUUGGACACGAUGUUUAGACAAGAAUAUUUGAGAGUCAGAGUCAUCGACAAUCUGGUUUACCUCAAAAACCUGCCCCCGAACAGUUCCCUUAUAGAAGAGAUUAUGGAUCGUGUGAAGGGAUUUCUUGUGAGCAAGUCACUUCUGAAAGGAGACCCCUCUAUUACUUCUCGUCCCUUGGGUCAUCUUCGAGGUGAACGUGAGUGGAGAAUCGGCCCAACUGUGCUGACAUUAGGUGAGCAUCUGUUUGUGAGUUUUGCUAUCCGAAUGCUGCGGAAGCAGGCCAACAAUUGCAUCGCCAACAUCAAGUGGAAACCAGAGAGUAAUAGUGGUACAUCGAUUGUCCCUGCAAGCUCCUCAGAAGAAGCGGUGAAGGGUAAGUUCAUCUGGAAAUGGGGAAGUGGAAUCGGUAAGUUUGUUAUGUCAGCCGUAGUAGCAUAUAUAGAUGGCCGUUUAUGUCGUUCUAUUCCUAAUCCUGUAGCUCGCCGCAUCGUUAGUGGCUUUCUGUUGACUUUCCUUGAUAGCAACAACAGCAAUGAUUGAACUUUGCCUAUAGUUUUCUUUACUUCCAUCUC